CAUAUGUCGGACAAAAAGGGAUCAGGUAACCGGAACAUGCGCAGUAAAUCGACUCAGUGGCAAUCGGCGUGAAAUUUAAAAAAAAGAAAAACAUUUCUACCUUUACAGAUAAUUUAGAUUUUGGAGAACCCACAUGUAUUUCAAGUCUUGAACUAGAUAUUGAUGAUUUUAACUCUCGCCUGAGUUUUGAUGAUUUUAACGAGCCAGCAAACUGUACAGCAGAGAGACUAGAUAACAACACUGACUUCACCAACCAUUUAUUAACAAGCGCCACUUGCAUCAUCAUGCCUGCUCCACGUGGAAGAAAGAGGGGCAGUACAGCUACACCUGUGGCCAAUAAGGGAGGGGCAGAUAGUCAACCAGCUAAGAGAACCAAAAUUUACCACCGCUCCCACCAGAAGUUGUCGGGGACAGUUCUGGCCUGUGGAGAGGGAGAUGUCGGUCAGCUAGGGAUGGGGGAGAAUAUACUGGAUCGUACUAAACCAGGAAAGGUGGCGCUACCAUCUCCUGUCAUACAAGCUGUAGCUGGUGGCAUGCACACAGUUUGUUUGUUAGAGAAUGGAGAGAUCUACACAUUUGGUUGCAAUGAUGAUGGAGCAUUGGGCCACGAUACAUCUGAAGAUGGCAGUGAGAUGUCCCCAGCAAAAGUAGAAAACUUGGGUGCUAAGAUUAUAAUGGUGUCGGCAGGGGAUAGCCACACGGCAGCCUUGGCAGAUGAUGGGAGGGUCUACAUAUGGGGAGCUUUCAGGGAUGCAAAUGGUAUGAUGGGAAUGCUCGCUGCGGGGAAGACAGAAAACACUCCUGUUCCCAUCUUAGAAGACAAAACAAUCGUCAAGAUUGCCUCAGGAGGAGAUUUUCUGGUCUGUUUAUCAGAUGCUGGGGAGAUUUUUACCCUAGGGUGUGCAGAGCAGGGUCAGUUAGGACGUGUAGCAGAAUGUUUUUCACAGCGAGGGGGUAGAAAAGGAUUAGACCUGAUAUUAUUACCAGGAGAGGUUCAUUUUAAAAAAAGCAAAGGAUCCAAACGGAAAUUUUCAGAUAUCUGGGUGUCCACGUACUCAACAUAUGCCCAAGUAGCUGACACUAAUGAGAUUUAUGCAUGGGGUCUUAAUAACUAUUACCAGCUAGGUAUUAAUGAUUUGUCAAACCGUUUCGUCCCUACAAGGGUGCCAUCUUUUGAUGGAAAGGAAUGGCUCUCUAUCAGUGGAGGUCAGCACCAUCUGGUGGCACUUGACUCAGAAGGAAAGGUGUAUACAUUAGGCAGAGGAACCUAUGGGCAGUUAGGAUUGGGUGAAGACGUCAAGGCAGAAAUAGCAAAGCCAACUGUCAAUGAAAAACUAAAUAACAAGUGUGUUUGCAUCGCAACUGGUUCAGCAGUGUCCUUUGCAAUAGAUGAACAAGGUAUUUGUUAUGGCUGGGGUAUGGGAACUAGUAAACAGCUAGCUCAGACUGAAGACGAUGACUGUUUUGAACCAACCAUUCUACAAGGAAAGCAGCUAGAAAACAAGAAAACUAUAGCUGUAUCUUCAGGAGGUCAGCAUACAGUCUUACUGGUAACAGAUAAAUGAUUAACAUCAGUGAAACAACUUAUAAUUGAUUGUGUCGUCCAUGAACCAUAUUGACAAUGAUUGAGGAAAUCUGUCUUAUAUGAGUUGAAAGAAACGGGAAAAUUUAGAUUUUCUUCGUAAUGGCAGUAUCCAGUCAGUUCCAAUUUUUAUCAAUGAAUCUGUUUUUGUAAAGAUGUAAAGUGAAAUCAUGUCAAUGGAAAUAAAAACAUUAGAUAUCAAUUUUGGAAAAAGAAGACAUGAUAUUUUUCAAAUAUAUUUUUAUAAAAAAUGUAUGCAUGUAGCCUGCUCAAAUAUUGUGAAAGCUUGAUAAGUUUUGAACCCUGCAGCUUAAUUAUGUCAAUCAGAUUCAGUUUUGCUCAACAUUAGAUUAAAUUGUGAAAUUAUUAGUUAUUUAAUCAAUGUUUUAAUAAUGUAUUAAUCAAACAGAAAGUCAGUUGUAUUUGAUGAGUAUAUGAAUUAUAUUCUCUUUUCUGUAAAUUGUUUUCUCAAUUUGCCUGAAGAGGCUUUAUCCAUUCAAAGCAUACUUUCAGAACACAAUAGGAUGUAACGAUAUAUGUAAUCACUCUGAUAAUAUGUAGGAGUUAAAGUCUGAUCAACCAUGAUUGAUUGUUUAGACUUUGUACUGCGAAUCAUAGGACAGUGUUAUGGUCAAUGUGAGCAUACAAUAUACAAUAUAUUACAGACUAUCUACAAGCCCUUGUGACCCCCUCUCUUCUGUGUGAGAACUUGAGUAGUCAAGUAGAGGGGGGGGUCACUGGGUCUUGUAGAUAAACUAAAUAUAUUGCAUAUACAUGUACAAUAUAUAUAUCACUAAUCAAUCAUAGUUUAGUGCUUUUGCCCUUUUUGCACAUGGUGAACUAUCAAAAAGCAAGAGCAUUCAACUCAUAAUAUAUUGUGAGGGCGUAUAACUUUGCAAUAAACAAAAGUGUAACAGCAUGAAUGUCUGAAACCAUAUAUUUAUUACAUCGGUCAGAAUUUCAUCGCCAAGUUAUAUGUGAAAAAUAUAAUUUUUUUAAUCUGAAACUAUAAGAUGAAAAUAACUCAUAAAGGGCUACUCAUUUUCAUAUUUACUUAUUGUAACUGACAUGACAAUAUUUCAUCCAUCAAUAAUCAUUUUCCAAUUUACCAACCUCGUCUUCGGGUUCUUUAUUUAAAAAUACCAAAUUGAACCUACAUUAAAGUUUUAUCUAUCAAAUUAUCAAACCAUAAAACAUGUUGGCCUAUCCAACUAGACUUAUACAGAAAUGCAACUAAAUAUUAUGUAUAAUUUUCAAUGUCAUAUUGAUUUUAAUUCUAUUUAUGAACUUAUGAUUUCUGCAAUUUUAGUGUAUUUGAGUAAUGAUAAUGUAUGAAAAUGAUCUAACUACAAAACUGUUAGAUGCAAAAUCAUGAGUUUAUUAUGGUGAUUUUAAAUGUAAAUACUUUUUGUUGUGCUGUAUAAUGUAGAUUUUUAUGAAAUCAAUAAAAAAAACUAUAGGCA